ACCAUAUCCAAUCCCUCUCCAUUCAAUCCAAUCUCUACUUCCAAUGGUAUUCAAUGGCCUUCACAACUCCAGUCGCCUUCGAUCCCCAAUCCGGCAAGUCCAUUAUCUCCUACACUACCCAUUCUACCUAUUUCCUCAACAGCACCAAAUCCAAUGGCCUCCAAUACGUUCUCACAUCCUGUAUUUACAGUCUCAAAUAUCAAGAACUUUGUUCCAAAGACUUUAAACCAUCACAAUUUCAUUGUUUGGCGAGAGCUAAUGGUUCCAGUUUUGAAGAGCAAAGCUGUUUAUGGUCAUAUUGAUGGCACAGAUCCUUGUCCUCCAUUUGGCAGUCCAAACUUUGAAGCCUGGAUGCAAAUUGAUUAUCAAAUUCUGUCAUGGAUUCAAGCAACAAUUUCCACUGAGGUGUUACAGAUGAUCAUACAACCAGGGAGAUCUCUAUCGGCCAAGGAAGCAUGGGAUGCAAUUCAUACCGCCUACCACAAUCAAUUGGCUGCUCAAACUUUGUUUCUUCAACAAGAGUACUCUUCUAUGCGUAAGCAACCAGGACAAUCUAUGCUUAGCUAUCUACAGCAUGUGAAAGGACUGAUUGAUAAGUUGCAUGGUGUUGGGCAUCCAAAAACAGACUGUGAUUUAGUGUUUCAAGUGCUUGCUGGUCUUGAUUCUGAGUACAGUGUUGCUAAAAGAACAAUAACUCAACGAAAUCCCUUUCCCAGUUUCUUGGAAUUACACUCUCUGUUGUUGAUUGAAGAAGCCACUCUUCUUCGUGAAGCAGCAAAUCGACAUCAACUUGUGAUUUCUCCCAGUAAUCCACAAUUGCUUCACCUCUUGCACCAUCCGCAAACACCGGUUGUUCCAUCUGCUGCAUCCUGGGAUACUUCUUCUGGUAACCAUCAUCAACUUUAUUCUUUGACUACUUCAACUCGAGGAGGACGAUGGUCUGGUCGCAGAGGAGGUCGUGGUAGUUUCCGGAGUACUCGUGGGCGUUCCUAUGGAGGUUCACGUCACCCUAGUUUCUCUCCUAACCAUCAAGCUCGUGACUGCCCUUUGCUCACCAUUCGGCCCACAACAGCAUCUACCUCUACCCAUCAAUCGCUGGUUGCUUCUACUUCUACCUCUGAUCCGAACUGGUAUAUAGACUCAGGACAUCAAGACGAAGAACGUCCUCCUUCGUUGCAAUAGUCCCGAUGGCCUUUAUUCCUUGUCUGGCUGUUUUUCCCGGGGUUUUCCUGAAGUUCAUUCUACUGUUACCUCUACUGAUAUGUGGCAUCGUCGUCUUGGUCAUCCGGGUUCAGCUUGUCUUCAACAACUUUUUAAGCGUGGUCUUCUUCCUUCUUAGAAUCGCAGUUUUCCUUCUGAUUUGUGUCAUGCCUGUCAACUAGGGAAGCAUGUUCAUCUUCCUUUUUCUGAGUCUAGUUCUGUAACUUCAGCACCCUUUGAAUUAGUCCAUUCUGAUGUCUGGACGUCUCCAACUAUUUCAUU